AAAAACUGUUCAACGGAGUCGUGACGACUUGUCGUCAUAUUUAUAGAUUAUAUAUACAAAUAUAUAUUUGUUUUUUGACCAUUCGGAAAGAAAAAUAGUGUUUAAAUUGUGUUAGGUUGAUGUUAUAGGAAAGAGCUGAUGAUGAAAGCUGUUGUUUUGGCUGCAGGUUAUGGGACGAGGCUGCAGAGGGACAUUGAGCAGGACCAGACCGGAAGCUUCGGGCAUUUACACGGGGUUGCUAAACCUCUACUUCCGGUUGGAGACUGUCGUCUGAUCUCCCACUGGCUCAGGGCUCUCAUUCAGUCAGAGUGUGUAGAGCAAGUGGUUGUGGUUACCAAUGCACGUUACUAUGAAGCAUUCCAGCUCUGGGCUCAAGACUUCCCCAGUGUUCAAGUCCUUAAUGACGGGACAAGAAACAAUGAGGAGCGACUCGGGGCGGUUGCCUGCCUUCAGCUGGCCGUGAAUAACUUUGCAGUGGAUGAUGAUGUCAUCGUGAUCGGAGGUGACACUCUAUUUAAAGAGGAUUUCAGUCUCAAAAAGUUCACCGAACGCUUCAGUGAUUUGCAAAGGAGAAGCGAAGACGUCAACUUGGUGCUCGCGUAUCAGUGCAAGGACGAGGAGACGUCAAAGUACGGCAUCCUGGAGGUGGACUCAGACUUUCGAGUGCAGUGUAUGAAGGAAAAGCCUCAACCGGCUGAGACACAGUCACGCAGCGCUUGUCCCUGUUUUUACUUGUUUUCAAGAAGAACACUUCCUCUGCUGGAUGUCUUCCUAAAGGAGAAGGAGACAAGGCCACUUGAGGAGAGAGACGCACCAGGGAACUUCCUGUCAUGGCUUAUCUCAAGGAGGCCGGUGUACGUCCACGAGAUCUCAGGGCGUUUUGAUGUCGGAAACCUCGCCUCUUAUACCGAGUGCGACAGAUACUUCAGAGAACAGCUUCGAAAUCCAGACCUUUAUUUAAUAUAGCACAUAAAUACAGAUUCUUAAAUAUCAACAUACGCAACAUUCAAGUGUGUGUUAAAAGAAUAAAACCCGUGCUCUAAGCUAA